AUGACGUAUCCCACCACUCCAGAGAGACGCGAGCGCCUCUCUCGAGCCGCGGCCCCGACGAAUAUGGCAAUCUCCGAUUCUGAGGAAGAUGGCGAACGCCACCGGCCUGCAGCAGCAGCUUCGGCUCAAGCCAAAGUCAAACGUAUCAAAGUCAAGACCAAGCAUGAAGACUCCAGCUCCGACUCGAACUCAUCCAUUACUACAACCAAGAACGCAGAUGGAUCUUUAGAAGCACUUAACAAACCCACAUCCCUAAACAAACGAACCUCCAGUGAGAGCGACGGUGGCUCACCUUCCAAGAAAUCGCGGAAGGUGGUUCUUAAGCUUAAUAAGUCCGCCGGUGCCAAAGCCCCUACAGUUGCCAACAACGACGUCAAUGCUGCCUUGGUCCAGGCACUCAUCCCGUCGCCCUCGCAUGCUGAGGUUCUGACCCAGCUCAGUCCAGCUGGCGCUUCCCGCUUUCAGGUCUUUUGUGAAGGUCUCAGUGCCAUUCAGGCUCAGUUCCUCUCCACUCUUCAAUCUGCACAGGAAGGAGAAGAACUCAAGCAGGCCAAGAAUACAAUUGGGCUGCUCGAACAACAGCUGAAGUCGAGGCAACCUGAGGAUGUACUGUCCCAAAGCCUUGCCAACGAGCAUGCCCUACUCAGACAGAACAAGCGUCUCCAGGAAAACUACGAUGAUCUAGAACUUCUUCAUGAGGAGCUAAAAAUGGCAUACCACAACGAGAUUCAGGCGAGGAAGUCCAGACCCAAUGGUUCGUUCAAGUUGAUGGACGACGAAGUCGAUACGGAAUGGAGAGGAAUUGCAGUCGAUAUCAGGCAGUUCGUUUUGCAGAUCCUCACAGUCGAACCCUUUCGUGUCUCUGCUCCUCAGGGGACCAAUCACCAAGAGAUUGAGGCUCUCAAGAAAAGUCAGAAAAAAAACCCCGAACUUGCCCCUUUCAAGUUUCAGGAGUAUAUCUGGAGGCGCCUUGUUACCGACGUUUUCCAAGCUGGAGUGAACACCUGGGGGGGCCCGACAGGUCAAGCUUUCAAUCUCUUCUGUUUGGACAUUUCCAAGAUUGAUUUCGAAGGCAUGGAGGAGCUUAGCCGAACCAAGGCCCACACCGCCGAGUUCUUAAGCGGGUACAACGACCAAAACAAUCGGAGCAAAGCACAAGACAUUGCCAGAGUAAUGAGGAAUCACCUUCUCAUCUUCAUGGACAAAAGUCGGACCCAAGAAUCUGGGAAACUUCUCUGGAACAUUGUCCGCAGAGCCGUCGAACUAAACGAAAAGUUCUUGAAAUCCAAAGCGUUUUUCCUGACGAACUGGGUCGAGGAAGAGUUUGACCUAGAAGAUCUUGACAUCUGCUACACCGGAGGAAAACCCAAGGGACAGCCGACACUGGACAUAGAAAUAUCACCCAGAUUGUCCAAAAUCGGCAACGCUGAUGGCAAACACUUGGACAAGGCUGUGGUCAUGUGCAAGCCCCAGGUGACAAUUGUUAACAUUUGA